GAAAAAGCUCUGAAGAGAUUCCUCUUUGCAGUCGACAGUCCCGGGGAGGAUUUUCCAGCAUGCAAGGGGCAGGAGAGGGGAAGGAGGAUGAGGAGCUGGAGGAUGAAGAGCUGGAGGAUGAGGAGCUGGAGGAUGAGAAGCUGGAGGCUCCUGAGGCUCCGUCAGCCAGGAAGAGCCGAGGCUCAGGAGCAGCAGGAGCAGGGUGGGCGUGGGGAGUGGUGUUCCACUUCUUCCUGGUCAAUGUGCUCGUAAUGGGGAUGCUCAAGACCUUUGGGAUUUUCUUCGUGGCUUUCCGAGAGGAGAUGGGGGGAUCCUCAGAGCAGCUCAGCUGGAUCGGCUCCAUCAUGUCCUCGCUGCGCUUCCUGGGAGCCCCGCUGGUGUCCGCGCUGUGCUGCCGCCUGGGAGAGCGCCCGAUCUCCAUCCUCGGUGCUGGGCUGGUGGCUGGGGGCUGCCUGCUCAGCACCCAGGCCACCAGUGUGCCCUUCCUCUGCUUCUCCAUGGGCUUCCUGCUGGGGCUGGGCUUUGCCUGUCUGUACCAGGCAGCUGCAGUGGUCACAGCCAAGCGCUGCCGGGCUCGCCUGGGGCUCAGCAACGCCCUGGCCCGCUCGGGCAUGGGGCUGACCUUCCUCAUGGCCCCCUUCACCCAGCUGCUCAUCGAGGCCUAUGGAUGGCAAGGCACUCUGCUGAUUUUUGGAGGCAUCAUGCUGAACCUGGUGCCCUCCAGCAUGCUGCUGUGGCCUGCCAGCCCCCAGCUGCCUCAGAAAUCUGCCAAAAACCAACACCAGGGGUCUCCAGGGGCAGAGAAGGAUCCAGAAACUCCUGGUGGGUGUUCAGAUGGAAGCACCCGGAGGGAAUUUCAGCUUCUCCAUGCACAGGAGAGACUGGUGGUGCCCCAUGGCAGAGAUGUCUCAGAGCCAGCAGAUCCAUCUGCCUUGGGAGAGCUGCAGAAAGCCAGCCUGGAGAGCUCCUGCUCAGAAACCCCCACCAAGGCCAGGAGAGGCCACCAAACCCCUGCAGCCACCGCAAAGGAACCUCCUCAGCCUCUGCUGGACUUCUCCCCGCUGAAGGAUCCCGUUUUCUACAUCUUCACCUGGUCCUUCCUCUUCAGCCACCUGGCCUAUUUCGUGCCCUUCUUCCACCUGGUGGCCAGAGCCAGGACCUUGGGCUUGAGCAGCAGGGAUGGCUCCUACCUCAUCGCCGUGGCUGGCAUCACGGAGAUGCUGAGCCAGCUGCUCUCGGGCUGGGUGGCCGACCACAACUGGACCAAGAAGUACCAUUUCCAUGUCACCUACCUGCUCCUGAGCGGGGCCACCAACCUGCUGGGGCCGCUGGCCACCUCCUUCCACCUGCUGCUGGCCUACACCGUGGCCCUGGCCACCUUCUGUGGGGGCUUCAUGGCCCUGGUGCUGCCCGUGCUGGUGGAUCUGGUGGGUGUGGAGAAGCUCCACAGCAACCUGGGCUUUGCUGCUUUCUUUGCAGGGAUAGCAGCCAUGGGAGGACCCCCUCUAGCAGGGUGGCUCUAUGACUACACCCAGACCUACGCCUGCUCCUUCCUCUUUGCUGGAGCCUGUGCUCUCAUCUCACCCCUUUCCUUCUUCUUCGAGCCUGCAGCCCAAAAAUGGAAGCUAAAAAAAGCCAAUUUGAACAAAACGUGAAGUUUUAA